AUGGAGCCUACUGUUGUGGAGCCUACCGUUAUGGAGCCUACCGAGCCUACCCAAUUCUUUACCGACGCCUUUGUCGAUGUGCCCCGUGAUGAAGAACCGAAAAAGGCCAUGCCGGGCCUCGAUGAAUGGAAAGUACCUGAGAUAAUUUCUCGCGCAGAUGGCUCCUGCAUGUCUAUUUGGGAACUUGCUCGUGCUAAUGGAUAUCGCUUCGAAGGAGACCCCGAUGAGGCUCCCGGCUCGAAUUUUGACAAGGCCUUUGUUGAACUUGGGGUAGACCCUGUCAUUGGCCCAGCAACCCAGGAUCACCUGGAGCUUGGCCUUGAAUCAUCUAAUCCCAUCGUGAUUGAUGAUGUGACCCCACUGAGCCCUUGCACCAACCAGCCGGGUACAGUCUAUCCGCUGGAUACCCUCAAGUCUCUCGAAAACGCCGACCUGGGUCCUCCCCUUGCAGUCGUUCAACUUACUCCCGCUACUGAUGCCCCGGUUAUCAAAAACGCCCCGAUCAUCAUUAAUCCGGCUGCCAAAGUCGCUCCAGCCAAAGCCGCUCCAGUCAAAGCCGCUCCAAUCACUCAAGUUGCUGCAGUCACCAAAGUUGCUACUGCAGUCACUGAACGCGCUCCGAUCGCCAUUGAUCCAGCUGCUCAAGUCACCCCCGCCAUUGAUGCCCCGGUUACCAAAGCCAUCCCUCCAGUCAGCCACAUCACCCGUGUUGUUCCAGUCGCCAAUGUUGCUCCGGUCCCUCAACGCGCUCCGGUCAUCCUUGAUCCAGCCUUCCAAGUCGCUCCUGCCACCUCCAGUUCAGCUGUUGGUACGGUCAAGGUCUUUGAGUUGUCACGAGGCAAAUCGCGCCCUCAACCUGCUAAGCGACCGCCCAAGCAGAAAGCCAAGCGGGUUCCCAAGAGCAAGCAGGAUGACGAGCUACAUAAAAAGCAGAAGAAGACAAAGGCACAAAGCACUCCAAGCAAGGCGAAGGGAAACACAACUGCCCCAGUGACACCACCUCAGAAGAUUGCGCCUGCCCCGACGACACCCAUGCCUGCCCCAAUGAAACCAAUGCCUGCUCCAAUGACUCGUUUCCCUGCCCCGACUCCUGUCCCUGCCUCGAUGGCUCCAGUGCCAGCGGCCCAUCCCAGCCAAAAUCAGCUGCUUCAACUCCAACAGCGUCUUCAAAGUCAAGAGCACUAUCUUCGUAUUGAAUGGCACCAACUUAAGCAACAGGAAGCCCACCUGAAACAACAGCAGCCCGGAGAUCCAAACCAGCUCCAGAUCUACCAGCAGCAGUGUCAGCUUCAGAAACAGCAGCUUGACCUGUGCCAACGAAAGAUCAUGCAGCACAAACAGCAAGUCCGUCACUACCGGUAUCAGCAACAGCAACAGAAUGCAAUGCAACAACCCCAGCAAUUCCAAACUGCAGCGGCUCAGCAAGUUCAGCAGCCCACCCAACAAAUGCAGGCAGUUUACUCCAGCCCUCUCAAGGAGCGCAUGCAGUCUGUGAUGCAACAAACCCAGCAAAUCCACGUUACAGCGGCCCAGCAGGUUCAGCAGCCCACCCACCAAAUGCAGGGAGCUUACCAGCAAUUCCCAACUACAGCGGCCCAGCAAGUUCAGCAGCCCACCAACCAAAUGCAGGGAGCUUGCCAGCAAUUCCAAACUACAGCGGUUCAGCAAGUUCAGCAGCCCACCCAACAAAUGCAGGGAGUUUAUUCCACCCCUCCCAAGCAGGGCAUGCAGUCUAUGAUGCAGCAAACCCAGCAACUCCAGGCUUCAGCGAGUCAGCAAGUCCAGCAACCCACUCACCAAAUGCAGGGAGUUUAUCCCACUCCUCCCAAGGAGCGCAUACAGUCUGUGAUGCAGCAAACCCAGCAACUUCAGGCUUCAGCAGCUCAGCAAGUUCAGCAGCCCACCCAACAAUUGCAGGGAGCUUAUCCCACUCCUCCCAAGGAGCGCAUACAGUCUGUGAUGCAGCAAACCCAACAACUCCAGGCUUCAGCAGCUCAGCAAGUUCAGCAACCCAACCAACAAAUGCAGGGAAUUUAUUCCACCCCUACCAAGGAGCGCAUGCAUUCUGUUUCUUCCCUUUCCCCCGCUACGCCCAGCAAGAGAACCUUCCAGUUUAUGGAAAACAUCGUGCCUAGCAAUUUUGUGGCCAACCCAAACAAUCAUGCCCGAUGGACUGUUAGCCCUAAUGGCGACCGAACCUACUUGAACGGACCCAAGGCGAAAAAGGCACGAGUCUCUACAAAGUAG